AUGUCCAGGUACUUCCUUCCGUUUCGACACAAAGAGGUGCCCGAGAAAUACCUCAUGAUGAGGGACUUUACCUUCUUUGAUAAGAUUCAUAAAGGUUUCACGCCUUAUGAAGAGGAAGCCCACAAGUAUAUGUUUUCGCAGAAAGAUGCAUUGUCCGGUGCACUAAACUACUAUCGGGCUUUCAACAGCGACAGUGACCAGCUGAAGAAGUUUGACUACCGCAAGAUCAACGUGACCACACUGAUCUUGUGGGGAGAACAGGACGCAUUUCUUACAACUCCCAUUGCAACGUACAAUCGGCUUUACCUCAAAGAAUCGCAGCUGGUGUACUAUCCAGGGGCAGGUCACUGGCUUCUCCGGGAAUGCUACAACGAGGUUACUGAGGAAAUCAAGACAUUUGUAACGACAGCGAGCACGGGCCCCUUUAAGGGCGCCCUACAAGACUUUUUCAGCAUAGUCAGAAAAACGCUGCCGAUCGGUAUGCCAGGCCUCUGA